CACAGCCGAAUCAGAAAAUCAAUUAAGUUAUGAAAAAUACCAUUAAUUGCCUUUCUUUGUCACCGCAGCUCAUGAAGAAAUGGCGGAUCUCCAGACGUUGUACAUUUGAGGGAAAACACUUCGCAUCUAAUGGCGUGUAUUCCGACGAUAAAAAUCAUCUCAAUCGACAAGGAUAUUUACGUUUUUUAGAAAUACUGAAGAAUAUCUUCCAUACGGAUGAGAAUGAGCUGAUGGUUGUGGAAGUCUGCAAGAAGACGUUGCAAAAAAGAGAGAGGCUGUCUGGAAGAUGCCAAGAAAAAAACAACAGAAUCCACAGCCAGUCAAGUUGGAUUCUGAAGAUGGUGUAGCCAUUGAAGCUCCAGGAAACCUCAGCUUAGACACAGACUUCCUUCUGGGACAAGACCUCGAGUUUGAUGACCCUGAUCAUGACAACAAGAUUCUAGGCCUGGAAAAGUUCUCAGAAGUAGCGGCUGAGAUCGGUUUCUCUGUGUAUCCUCUGGGUGAUGAGGAGAGCCCUGCCUACAGCCAGCUCAGCAUGGAAAGUGAAACAGAUAACUCGCGCGGCACGACUGACAACGGCAGGGAAGACGAGGGCAGAGCAGCCCAGUCCGAGCCCAGUUUCCCCCCCUACCUGUCCUGCAGGGGCUGCGGACAGCUCCGUGAUGAACCUCUGGGACCGGGCAUAGACCUGGUCGGUCCAUACUGCCUUAGGUGCUGCAAAGCCUCCAGGGAAGCCAAAAGUACAGACUUUUGUUCGCCUUUUGGAAGCAUCAGCGGGAUUCGCUCGGCUUCCCAUUUGCAGCUUGACGAUGAAGAGGUGGAAAGCGGGAUGGAUGACAAAGCACUGACUGCUGAGGACAAAUUGGCCAAGCUGCACUCGUGCCACCUCUGCGGCUUCUCCUCGCGUUACGCCAACCAUGUGAAGCGUCACAUGAAGACGCACAACGGGGAGAAGCCCUAUAACUGCCCCUUGUGCACUUACGCAUCAGCCCAGCUGGUGAACCUGCAGAGACACCUGCGCAUUCACACUGGGGAAAAACCUUACAAAUGUGACAUCUGCACUUUUGCCUGCAGUUCCCUUGGCAACCUCAAGAGGCAUCAGCGCAUGCAUGUGUGCUCUGCAGGGGCGGGACAGGAAGCCCCACCACGACCUGCCAGUGGCCAAAACAGCCUGAAGAGGCAUGUGACUGGGCAGAGGCCCAAUGAAGAAGUGUCUGGUACUGCAGCCAAGGUUUCAGAAGUUGCAAGGCCGACUUCAAACCUGAGUUUGGGAGCCCAGAACAAUGACUACCUAUCAGCCUUUGAUGGCCUGAAGGGGGCGUCACCACCACCCAUACCAGCCUCUAACCCAGCUCCUGGCCACCAGCCUCCGCCCCUGCUGGACACCACAGGCAGCAGCGGCAGCAGCAGGGCGACCAGAGGGGGUAUAGCAGACGGUGCCGCCCUCCCCUCUUCACUUUUCCCUUACACUUGCCGGUUGUGUGGCAUUGUCCUGGAGGACGAGGACGGCUCCUCGGCCCAGAUUUGUGCCAAGUGUACCCUUGAAAUGCUGACUAAAGACUCUUCAUCAUCUCCCAACAGCCCUGGUGAGCGCAGUGACAAGGUGUACACCUGCUCCGCCUGCCCUUUCCUCACACACUACCCAAACCACUUGGCCCGCCACAUGAAAACUCACAGCGGCGAGAAACCGUACAAGUGCCCACAGUGCGACUAUGCCUCAGCGCACUUCGACAACCUCAAGCGCCACCACAGAGUGCACACAGGCGAGAAACCUUACAAGUGCCAUUUGUGCGAUUACGCCUGCGGGAACCUGGCAAACCUGAAGCGCCACCAGCGGGUGCACUCGGGUGCAAAGCCCUUCCAGUGUGCCGUGUGCAGUUACAGCUGCAACCAGAGCAUGAACCUGAAGCGGCACAUGCUCCGGCACACAGGAGAGAAGCCGUACAAAUGUCAGGAGUGCGGCUACACCACUGGCCACUGGGACAACUACAAGAGACAUCAGAAGAAACACGGCCUGGCCACAGACGGCUGGGUCAAAGUUCCAAUGACUGGAAACGACGAAGAAGAGGAUGCAAGGAAAAGGAUGGGAGUUGGCGCUCCAACUCACAGAAAAGAAACGGGGAAUGAUAUGCAGUAUAUGUCUAGGGAGGGAGGUCAGACAAUACACUCGUGCUACAAACUUGAGAUUGUAUAAAAAAAUUACUCAGCAAAACUAAGCUACCAGCAAUUUGUUUUUCACAGAGCCUUUAUAUUGUUUUAGAGUGUGUCGGUCUUUUAGAGUUUUGUCGGAUGUCUUCAGAGGCUGCUAAUUGUUUAUUUGUAGAAUCUCGCACAAUUAUGAAACACAAUUAUGAAUAUUUUGAUCCCAUUUUUGGAUUAAGUAAUGUGUCUGUUUUAGAGUUUGUCUUCUCCGUUAGUGUCAAAAACAAAAGGACUUUCUCUCCUGUGAAAGUCCUUUGACUGUCUUAUUCUGUACGUUACCCCACACUAGCCUAAUUCUAAAAUGUCCCUCUGAUAUUAUUAUACAUCUGGUUAUUAAUUUGAGUACAGAGAACACUACCAAAUACAUGUGCACAUUUAACACUACCAGAUGUAUGUUCACAUUUUUGCCUGAACUGUUGAGCUGCACUGUGUAGUCUAUGGGUUGUUGUUUUUUAUUAAAGUUGUUUGUGUCACAUGUUUAGGUCCUAUUUGUUUUGUACCAAAAAUCUAAUGAAAUAACUUGAAUGUUACUGAUAAAUGAUGACGUUUGGUUUGCUUGAGGAGGAUAUUUUAACUACACAGUGCGGCUUUAAGUAAAAAAUGAGUCCUUGUAAGGGCCAAUAUUGUGCUUUGCUUGCAUUGGGGAACAAGCUCUGGUAAUGGCAUAUCUUCAGAUUAUUUACUAAUGUAUGUACUACUAGCAAAGUGCUUUAAAUUAUACUGGACUUGUUUUGCCAUUGAUAAAGUAUACUGAUUAAUUAGGUUGUGUUUACCCAACUAAAUAAUCUCAUGUGUCUUGAACUGCAUUGCCAUUUUUGCCAAACCCCUCAGGUUUAUAAAAUGUGAUUUGGAAGACUAAAAUGUUUAAACUAUAUAUUUCUGGUUGUUAACACUAACAUUGCAUGCACAGGCAUUUUGAAAGGCGCUCUUCCGUCUUCAGUAUUGUUAAAGAAAAAGCACAAUCAUACACACACGGUUGCAUUAAAAAGGUUUUAGACUAAAUUGUGGAGGGGAAAACUGCAUUAGUUGACAAUUCUUAAGUGAUUCCGGAGUAACGUGUUGUAAACGAGCAUGUUGUUCAAAGGAAUUCUUUGCCCACAAACUUGUACUUGCUACAUAUCAUUAAUUAUACGAUUUCUUGAACUUUAAAUUUGUUGAUCAUGUUCUUUUUGAUUACUGUUUACUAUUUACUGUGAAAUUAGCCCAUUCUCGUAUUUUUUACUUGAAAAAGAUGACACUAUUAGUAAGCAUGUGUGUGUAUGUAAUAGUCGUUUUAUUUUUCUAAUGUGGCUAUAAUACACUGCUAGAAGUGAAUACCCUAAUAUAUAUAGGAUUUUUUUUAAUGGUGUCAUUUUAGUUCCCAUGGGAAAAAUAAUAGGGACUGCAAUUUAAGUUUACGCUCUUUUUGAAUUACUAUUAUAUGCAAGUGAGAUAUUUUUCAGGUUGCCAACUUGCCAUGACACAACGGAGCAUUGAUUAGUACUGACAUCCCCCCAAGUGUCUGUUUUUGUCUUUAUGCAGUGUCUCAUAAAUGCCUUAAGUGAGGAUUUUGAAAUAAACACAUGGAAUUCAUUUCAUUGAAUGUCA